UUAACAAUGCAUGGUUUGUAGUACCAAAUAUUCCCCCAUCCUCAACAUUCAUUAACAACCAUAUCCUAGCUUCAUAUAUUGCCCAGAGCUUUUAGUCUAAAUCAUCCCAUCCUCAUCAUUCUUUCACGGCCAUGCCUUAACUCCAUAUAUUGUCCAUAGUUUUUAGUCUAAAUCAUCCCCCAUAUCCUCAACAUUCUUUCAAAACCAUGGCCUAGCAACACAUGAUGUCCAUGAGUUCCUAGUUUUUCAUCAGUAUUGUUCAUCUGUUGGAGAGUUUGUUGUGUUUGAUUAAGGAUGACAACCAUGGAAAUGGACAUGUAUAAAAUGGUGGUGCAGGAGAACGGCGAGGUCACAUACCAGCUGACCGACCCGACGACAUGGGGCGCGUGGGCGCACGAGGGACACCGAUUGUGGGCGUCCAUGCCAGAAGACUUCUGGCUAUACGAGUACAAGGUGCGGAUGUGCCCGCAGCCAUACAGCCACGACUGGACGGCGUGCCCCUACGCGCACAAGGACGAACGCGCACGCCGCCGCGACCCGCGUCGCUUCAACUACAUCUCCAUCUCCUGCCCGGAGUACCGCGCCAAUGCGCGUGCGCAUGCGCAGCUCCGGCUUGCCGGUGCCGGGCACCCGCCGCCGACCUGCGCGCGCGGCCUCAGGUGCCGCUACGCGCAUGGCGUAUUCGAGCUGUGGCUGCACCCAUCCCGGUUCCGCACACGCAAGUGUGAUGCAGGCACGCGCUGCCAGCGCCAGAUCUGCUUCUUUGCGCACUUCACCCGCGAGCUCAGGGUCGAGGACCCCAUCGCCGCCUCCACCGCUGCAGCGGUGCCGUCUUCGUCCUUUGCCAUGCCGCGGACGCCACCCCACAUCCUCCAGUGCGCUCCUACCACUUCGGUGACGCGUCCGCAGGAUGUUCCAGCUCCACAGCUGUUCGACGACAUCACCCUGCAGGCCACUCCAAACAGGCUUCGCAUGCUGAGCCUAUACUAUGCCAUCACUGGGGACGAUGUUUUCUCCUCCCACAUCGCCACUGCCACCGCCGCCGCCGUCGCCGCUGCUACGACCACCAUGCCGACCAUGAGGGUGCCCUUACUGGCGUACAAGGAGGAGGAGGAGGACGCUAAAUCCGUCCACUAUGCGAACUACGAAGACUCCCUGCUGAACGACUACCCACACCGAGAUCUCAUCAUGGACUUUAUGCGCUAGGUAUCCGAGGUAUGACAAGGAAUAAAUCUCUGGAUGGCAGGCCAUGUCAAUCCUGGAGCUCACCUGCAAAAAAGAGUCAAUCCUAGAGCUAGUGUCAUUGUGCGCAUGACGGCUGCGACAGCGCGUGCAUGCGUGUCUGUUGUGUCCGCGUUCAAGCAGUGGGUCCAAAAAGCCGUGUGCAUGGUUCUUAUUACAUAUUUAUAAUUUGCAUGUCAUGCAUGGGCGCCAAGUGGCGGUAGUCGGUCCCUAGGAACGUCCCUAUAUGUGUAUAGCGUACAUGGUCAUAAAUAAGUGCCGUCUCCAUGUGGAGAUAUAUAUAUCCGAUGGAGACUUACAAUGCUAUUGUUGA